AUGUAUUUACCCGCCAACCAAGCCUGGGUGUCCUGUGUGCUGGUGCCACCCUCGCUGUGGCCAGGGCUGGUCUUAGUGACUCUCCAUAGACCCCCAUAGGUGCAGGAAGGACCAGGGGGGGUUGCAACACCCCUGAAUUGAAGUGGUUUCCAGUAUAUCCAGGAUUUACAGUUGGGUUCAAUGGCCCCAGCACCCCCACUAUACAGACUGUUCCCCCACCACUGCAGACCCAGCAGUGACUGGACACGUCUCCUUUCUGCUUGUUGCUCUUCCCUCCUCUAUUAUGACUGAUGCAUGGAACGGCCCAAUGGGAUUGCUAGGCUAAAUGAGGGAGGCUAGACACACGCUGCUGAGAGAAGGGACAGCGCUGAAGGGUUUUCUGAAACUUCGGGGCUCGGUUCGCUCUGCUCCCGACGAAGUUAGUGGGAGCAGCCCGUGUGCUCUGAAACAAUCUCGUCCCCCACAUGCAAGGUGUGCAGCACAAACAGGCAAGUCUGCACAGGCAGGGCAUGGGCGAGGAUGCAUUUCCCUGGAAGUGAUGCCCUGGGGUGAAGAAUCCUUCGCUUGGCGUGCCUCACAGGGCGCGUAUCUCUGCCAGCGCCAUGCUUGCUUCUCGGUGCUUUACUACUUUCGCUCUGUGCAGCAUUGUUGCUUUUGCCAAGACGGGUGGCUCAGCAGAGAGUGCUGGAUAUUUACGGUCGUUCACAAAGUACCACGAGAGAGUGUCUUAUGACAGAGCAGCUUUAGAAUGGAUGCAUCAGAGGGCAAAAAGAGCCACAGAAGAGCAUGACAAAAUUGUUCAUCUAGAAUUUCAGGCAUAUCAGAGGACAUUCAAGCUGAGAUUAAGCAGGGACACAAGCGCCUUUGCCAGCGACUUUGAGGUAAUGGGGAUGGCCACCUCAGAGCCUGCAGAUGUUUCUUUCGUUUACUCCGGUGUCUUGCAAGAUGAGCCUGGUUCUUUCUGCCAUGGCGCCAUCGUCAAUGGCCUUUUCGAGGGGUUUAUCAGAACCAAGAACGGCACCUUCUACGUGGAGGCUUCCAGGGCAUCUGCCAGCAAUGAGACGUCUCCGGGCCAUUCUCUCAUCCACCGUGAGAGUGACAUCGAUUAUUCUUCCUUCUUAGAAGAUCCAGCCUCUGCUUUGUCAACUUGGAGAGCACACCAGGCCCUGCAGAAUUUCCAACAGGAGCUCACGUUAAAGGGAGAAACCUUGGAAAGGCAGAGGAGGAGUUUGGAUCACUCUAGGACAUCCUGCCUGCUACACCUUCAAGCUGAUUACUUGUUCUACCAAAGAUUUGGCACCACAGAAGCAGUGAUUGCUCAGAUUUCUAGCUACAUAAAAGCUGUGAAUGCAAUUUACGAAAACACAGAUUUUAAUGGUAUCAGGAACAUCGACUUCAAAGUGAAAACACUAAAUAUAAUCCAGGAAGACGAUCCUUCUGACUCACCUUUCAUCAGCCCCGAAAUGCUGCUGUUGCUGCACUCCGAGUCCAACUGGGCCACCUAUUGCCUCUCCUACCUCUUCACUGACAGGGAUUACAGUGGAGUUCUUGGGAUUGCUUUUAAUGGACAAGCCGGUGACUUGGGGGGAAUAUGUUCCAAGCACCGGAAAUUCCAGGACAAGGAGCUUUCUCUCAACACCGGCUUGAUCACACUGCAGACAUAUGGCCAAUAUUUGCCUCCUAGGCUUCUCCAUAUCACUCUGGCCCAUGAACUUGGCCACAGCCUGGGCGCUCCGCAUGAUGAGACUGAAGCAUGUGCCCGUUUCAGCUUCGACACCACCUAUGGGAAUUACCUGAUGUUCAGCCGCGCCACGGAUGGACAGCAAUACAACAACGACAAAUUCUCCCCGUGCAGCAUUGAACACAUUGGGAACAUUCUGAGCACCAAGAAGGACCGGUGCUUUGUAGAAACUGAGCGCCCCGUCUGUGGGAAUCAACUCGUAGAUCCAGGGGAGGAGUGUGAUGUGGGGGACAGUUACUCUGAUCCUUGCUGCUACGCUGCCAACGAGCCCAGUGGCAUCCGGUGUAGGCUAAAGCCAGGAAAGCAGUGCAGCUCAAGCCAGGGCCUCUGCUGCAGCCAGGACUGCAUCUAUAAACCCCACGGGGAGCUGUGCCAAGAGGAGACAGCCUGCACCUUUGAGAGCACCUGUUCUGGACUGGCAGCUGAAUGCUCUGCGCCCCUUCCCAAAGCCAAUUACACUCUCUGCAGCAUGGGGACCCAGAUCUGCUUAAAUGGGCUCUGCCUCGGAUCACUCUGUGUCAAGCACGGCUUGGAGCAGUGCGACUGCCUCAGCACGUCUCUGCGGACAAAAUGUCAUCUCUGCUGCCAGCAGCCAGGCCAGCCGGACACAUGUGCCAGUACAUCCUCUGCACUGAUGGAGCAUUAUUUCAAUGGCAUGCUGAUCCCACUGACCUCAGGCACUCCCUGCAAGGACAAGAGGGGCUACUGCGAUAAGUUUCACGUCUGUCGGCUUCUGGAUGAAGAUGGACCGAUAGCCAGGGUGAAGAACUCCAUCUUGGGUUUCACUGAGCUGGAAGACGUAUCAACCUGGAUGAAGAGACACUGGUGGGCGGUGCUCUUGAUGAUCCUGACUUUGCCAGCUGUGAUGGCCAUCACCAUCUUCCUCUUUGGAAAGACGCUUGACAGUACAACAGGCAAGUCCCUGCUUUAAGCAACUCCUGUCCAGUCCAGUCCAGUCCAGUCCUUGCUUUCGCAAGCAGCAGAAAUGGCUCAUUGUCAGCCAUUGCUGUCCCCGAAAAGGUCAGGAGAAAUACUGCCUCACAUAGCUGGUACCUUCUGUUCAACUGACACCAAUGUGAAAACAAUUGUUGCCGGGCUAUGCACACAACCAAGCACCACCAGA